AUGGGGAAGGAUAAGAAAAGGAAGCACUCAAGGUCGCAUUCCAGGGAACGUGAACGCAGUAAAGACCAAUCAGGGGAAAAAAUGCAAAAGAUGCAAAAACAGCUAGAUAACCUCUCGAUGCAAAUGUUGGCGUUCAUGCAAGCGCAACAAGCGCUGAUACCCCCCCCUCCUUCCCAGAGUUCAGAAACUCCCGAGAUCAUCGAAAUCAAAGAUAAAGAAAAGUCAACGCUGAUGGUCAAUGUAGAAUCGUCAGAGCUUGACAGAGCGGAGGAGUUAUUACCCCCUGAACUGCUGGAUAUCCGUGGGGAAGACCCAAGUAAACCCAAAGAGGUCCCCAUUACAUUCAAUGCAGCGAUCAAGGUUAGAAUGGAGAAAUGGCUUCAGGAAGGACUCCAAGAGGAUGUUAAGAAGAGUAUCCUCGAGAAAUAUCCUAAAAAAGGAGAAUUACGCCUGGAAACUCCAAAAAUCAAUGUGGAGAUCAGAGCAGCCCUAUCCGAAAUUGCCAAGAAGCGUGAUGUUCAUUUUGUGAAUUCACAAAAUUCAGCAGGAUCAGCACUGUCAGCUCUGGGAGCAGCAAUGUCAAUGGUCGUUGACAAUCCAGAGGAUGGCAUUGACCAAGAACUGUUGGUAUCAUACCUCUGGGAUGCAUCAAAGUUGAUGUGUGAUGUUUUUCAUCAAUUCUCAGUAGCUAGAAGAUCAUUCAUCACGCCGUUACUGAAUAAAUCAGUGAAACCGACAGUGGAAGCCACUAAACCUGACGAGUGGCUCUAUGGCGAAAAAUUCGCCGAGCAGAUCAAGGAGGCAAAAACAGUGGAGAACGCCUGCGCCAAUAUCAAGGCUCCGGAGAAACCCUCAAUCACAGCCAACAAGGGACAGGGAAACGUCAGACACCCACCUGCGAGAUACAAGCAGAACAUUCACGCAGACAUCCCGCCCUGCGAGCUCCAAGACGUCAUCAACGUCGAAUCGAACGACGAUAACAAAGAAAUAGAUGAGGUAAUCAUCCCUGCCGGUCGUUUGAGGUUAUUUACUGACGUUUGGAGAGAAAUUACAACAGAUAAAUUCAUAAUCCAGUGUCUUCAGGGAUAUAAAAUCCCGUUCAGAAAAAUUCCACAUCAAUUUAAACCUCCAAAUGCUCCGUCUCGGUUAGCAAAAAAUUGGACCACCAUUAGCGCAGAGAUUGAGAAAUUAUUAAUCAAAGGCGCAAUUGAGGAAUGUUCAGAGGAGGAAGGACAAUUUAUUUCGUCAUAUUUUCUUAUUCCUAAGCCUGAUGGCUCCAACAGGUUUAUUUUCAAUUUGAAGAGAUUAAAUCGAUUUGUUGCACAAAAGCAUUUCAAAAUGGAAGAUAUAAGAUCAGUUAAGAUCCUUCUGAAUCAAGGGGAUUGGAUGGCAUCUUUAGACUUAAAAGACGCAUAUUUUUUAAUGCCUGUACAUAGGGAUCAUCGUAAAUAUUUGCGAUUCCAAUUUAAUGGGAAGCUUUUCCAAUUUACAUGCCUACCUUUUGGUUUAUGUUCCAGUCCGUAUGUUUACACAAAGAUCUUUAAACCUGUCAUGUAUAAAUUAAGAAUUCAGGGUAUUCGUACAGUGAUUUAUAUUGACGAUCUUAUAAUUAUCGCAAAUUCGUAUUCCAAAUGUUCGAAUCAAGUGAAAAUAGCUCGGGACUUGAUUGAACGAUUGGGGUUUAUAAUUAAUUAUCAAAAGAGCUCGUUGAUACCUAAUCAGCGUUGCAGAUAUUUGGGGUUUAUAAUUAAUUCAAUAGAUUAUCGGUUAGAACUCACUGACAAGAAAAAAGAACAAAUUUCCACCUUAUGCGGUGAAUUACAAAUAGGAAUAUCAUGUCAAAUCCGUGAAUUUGCAAAAUUACUUGGUAUUUUGACAGCGGCUUGCCACGCGGUUGCGUAUGGGUCAAUUCAUUGUAAACAUUUAGAAAGAAAAAAGUUUCUAGCCUUGUUACGGAAUGAUUAUAAUUAUGAGGGCGAAAUGAUUAUUGAGGAAUCCAUGAUGAAAGACCUGAACUGGUGGGAAAGAAAUUCGUUGAUAGGAUUUAAUCCUAUUAGAACAAACGAUUUCCAGAUUGAAAUUUUUUCGGAUGCAUCCCUCACAGGUUGGGGAGCACACUGCGAAGGGGUAAGCUCUCAUGGAUUCUGGUCAAUAAAAAAUAAGAAGUUCAGCAUCAAUUACCUUGAAUUACUUGCGGUGUUCCACGGGUUAAAAUGUUUUGCAUCUCGCCUUUCGAACUGUGAGAUUCUUCUGAGGGUUGAUAAUGCCACGGCUAUAUCAUACGUCAACCGAACAGGUGGGGUACAGUUCCCUCAUCUAAGCAAUUUAGCCAGGGAAAUUUGGAGCUGGUGUGAAAGUAAAAACCUGUGGGUGUUUGCCUCAUACAUAGCUUCAGAAGAGAAUGUAGAGGCAGAUCGAGCCUCUCGAAUUUUGAAUAUAGAUACGGAAUGGGAAUUGAACAAAAAGAUAUUCAAAGAAAUUUCUCAGAAAUUUGGUCCAUUCUCUAUCGACUUGUUUGCAUCAGAAUCAAACAGAAAGUGUGACAGGUUUUGUUCUAGAUUCCCUAGUCCUGGAACUUGUACGGUAGAUGCUUUCACCAUUCCUUGGAGAACUGAAAGAGGGUAUUGUAGUAGUACCGGAUUGGCCCACGCAACCGUGGUACCCGCUGUUCAUGUCCCUUCUAAUAUCUCCACCUUUGAUAAUGAAACCAGAGAAAAAUCUAUUACUCUCACCUUGCAGGGAGAAGAUCCAUCCGCUAGCACCGAAACUCUCUUUGAUGGCAGGAGUUUUAUCAGGAGAGCGUUCUUGAAUAAAGGGGUCGAUGAAGAGGCAGCAGAAAUUUUAGUGGAUUCACUUGCCUCAUCGACAAUUAAACAAUAUCAAAGUGCCUUACGUCCAUGGAGAGAUUUCAGUUUAAAAAAUAAUAUAAAUCCAUAUAAGUCGAGUUCAACAGACAUUAUCAAAUUUCUCUUCGAGAAAUUUCAAAAUGGGGCGAGUUAUACAGGGCUAAAUACUACCCGUUCUGCAAUCUCUCUAAUUUCAUCUGAAGAUAUUCAUACCGAUGGAUUAAUCUCGCGUUUUCUAAAAGGGAUUUAUAGGAAAAAACCGAGCAGACCAAGAUAUGCCUCAACUUGGGACCCUGCACCAGUGUUAGAUUAUUUAAAAAAUCUUAAACCCCUUGUGGAUUUAUCACUUAGAGAAGCCACAGAAAAAGUAGUGACUCUUAUGGCUUUGACCACUGCGCAUAGAUUACAAACCCUUGCGGCUAUAAACAUAAAUAAUAUUGAGUACUCUGAUUCAGGUAUAAAAAUAAAAAUUCCCGAUUUACUAAAGACGUCUAAAGCAAAGAGUUUCCAACCUGAACUUGUACUACCAGUAUUUAAAGCAAAACCAGAAUUAUGUGUCGGCUCACUCAUCAAAGAAUAUUUAAAAAUAACUAAUGAGUUCAGACCGGAAAAUAAUAAGAAUUUAUUUAUUUGCACUCGAAAACCCUAUGAAAAAGCAUCAACAGAUACACUGAGCCACUGGAUAAAAUCUACUUUAAAUAAAGCAGGAGUGGAUACAACUCAGUUUACAGCAUAUAGCACGCGUCAUGCCUCUGUUUCUGCGGCUUAUCGAGGGGGUGUUAGUAUUGAUACCAUUAGACGCACUGUGGGAUGGUCAAAAAACUCUCAGGUGUUCGCCAAAUUUUAUAAUAAGCCUCUGACUAACACAGAAGACUUCGCAUUAAGUAUAUUGAAUACCUAA